CCAGGAGGGUGCCGGCACCACUCUCGGUGAAGAAGUUGAGCAAGUGAAUAGUUUUCUCUCUUGAUGUGCCCUUACCACCAAGUAUAUGGCCAAGUCAGUAAGAACUGACAUGCUGACUGUCCAUGCUAUGGGGUGGAAUGAACGGAAAGAGAAUGGCCUCCAUAUAGCCUUGUCUUCCAGAUUCAAGAAGACAGUAGAGAAGACUGUGGAUGUAGCUGAGAGCCUGAAGACAAUGCAGGGGCAGUUGCAUUGCUGUGAUGACAUGCUGAAACAAUGGGUUGUUGAUGUCAAGCAGUGGGCCAGUAGCAGAAGUGCAGUACCUGGUCCUGUUGAUGCUCAAAGUUUGCAGAUCACAAUCGAAGCACUCUUUGUGAGCAUUUGUCAGAAAAAGCACUACCUUUACAGACAGAAUGAUCGCAACAAAAGGCGACAGAAAAUAACUCAAAAGAUAGCCCAGGAAAAGAAACGGUUGCUGGAAGACAUCCAGAGAUACAACCAACAGCCUGAUGGUGACCUUGUGGACACAGACUUAGUUGUGCAGAAACUCUCUAACAAAGCUGCAGAGAGCAUGAUCUGGCCUUGGCAGGAACAGAACACAGACGGUGUGGACAUCCUCACAAAGAAGAAGCUCUUUGACCACGUAAUGCUUGCCUCACGACUAAAAGAGGAAAAGCAGAUCCUUGUGAAGGAGAUGCUGCAGCACUGCCAGUACCUCAAGGACUCAGUGGCAAAGGUCCAGACACUGAUGGGCACUGUUUUAGUGAGCACACAGACAGGAAGCUUGCCAAAUGGAUUAACCGAGGAGGGGUCCAAGGGCCUCAUCAGUGCACUAAAGAGAAGACUGCAAGACCUGAGACUCCAACAGCAGACCAUAGCAGGCACCUACAGAUGCACUCUCAAACCAAGUAACAGACUGGUGGAAGAGGAGGACAGGGAAAUGGAGGAAGAUAUGGACUGGCAACGUGGCAACAGCUCGGCAAUGAUAGUGAUGAGGAGGAGGAUGCAGAGAAUUGAACUCAAGUCACUUGGAUUUGAAUCACUCAGUCACAGCUGUAAUCGCCUGAGACCUAACUUGAUAUACUGUGAUGUAUACUAUGUGUUCUCUCCCUUUGAUCUCUCUCUCCAGAGCAUGACUGCAGCAGAGCACAGAGCAUUAUUUGUAAAUGAGUGGUAGAACAUAACACUUAACUUAUAACAUGGGUGAGUGGGUGACCUAGCUAACGUUUUCGGGUUUUUGUUUUAGAUUCACUGUUAGGUAAGGGAGCGCGCUGGCUCCGCCUUCCCAUUGCGGGGAGGGCCAGCGGCUAUCAGGUUUUGGUUUUAUUUUCACUAACUCAGUCUUGUUUUUCUGUUCAAUAAACUUUGGUAUUAUUUUUUACAUA